CCCGAGGACAGGCCCGGUCUCCCCACCUUCGAAGAAUACAAGCAGCUAGAAUCCAACUACCUCAACUGCCUCUCGCCCCGCAAGCGCGACAAGGCCCUCAUCACACAGGCCAUGUUCGACAAGAUCUGGGACGUCCUCCAGGCGCCAGAGCUGUGCACGAUCGAGAACCCCCAGUUCCGCUUCUGGGUCCGCAAGAUGUUCCGCCUCAGCCACCAUCACCGCCAGCACUACAGCCAGCACCCCGCCGGCGAGCCCGACAUCCCCCCGGUAGUCCUGCACGAGAACCGCCCCGUCGCGGUCGUCGAGCAGCUCUACGACCUCCUCUGCUACUGCCACGAGCAGGCCAGCCACGGCGGCCGCGACAAGACGUGCGCCGUCAUCCGCCAGCACUACUCGUGGGUCCCCAAGGAGCUCACCGCGCAGUUCGUCAAGGCGUGCCCGACGUGCUCGCUCAAGCGCUCGGGCAACGUCGAUUUUGCGCUC